GGAGUAGAAGGUGAUCAUUCAAAACAAUAAAUAUUUUAUUCUUGAUUGAAGUGAAAAUGCCGACAAUAAACUUUAAAACAGCUUUUUUAUCACUGAUAUCAGUAGCUGUUUCAGGUUUUGGAAUAAAAAGCUGCAAAUUAAUAUGGUUUCUUGCUCUUAUUUGGAUAUCUAUUGUUAUACAACUUUUUGGUGUCGUUGUUUACUCAAACCCCAUCGCUUCAAACAAAUUAAGUCAAUAUGAAUAUUUUAAAGACUCAUAA